AUGGAGUCUGCGCUGCGCGCAGUUUGCAGGGGCUGCGCCAUCGGCAAGAUUCUGAUUCAGCGCGACGAGAAGACCUCCGAGCCGGUGCUGUACUACGCGAAGCUGCCGGCGGACGUGCACCGGCGCAGCGUGCUGCUGAUGGACCCCAUGUGCGCGACGGGCGGCAGCGUCUGCCGCGCAGUGUCGGUGCUGAAGAGCUGCGGAGUCGAAGAGGAAAAAAUUGUCUUCGCCACUCUCAUGGCUGCGCCGCCCGGGCUCCACAAAGUGCUGCAGCAGCACCCCAACAUCCGCAUUGUCUGCGCCUCGUGA